CUACGAAGACACACUUCCUCUGCAAUAUUGUGAAGUAAAAGUAAAACAGUUUUCUACAACAACUUAAUAAUAAUUGUUGAAAUGAAUAUUUUACCAAUUCUUAUUCUGAAUACACUAAUGCUGGCAUUAGGAGACGAACCUAAUGCCGGCACAAAUUACUGCAAACUUGCCUGUGAGAACCCGAAAAAGACGCAUGCUGUCUGCGCCAACAGAAUGCAGAAACUAAUCGAGAACUGUCCACCUGAUGCUAAGAUCAUGCCAUUAGAUGACAUACAAGCCGUCAUAUUAAAAUUGCACAAUGAACGACGUGACUUUGUGGCAAGCGGCAAAGACGAACGACUACCGCCCGCUGCUCGUAUGGGUGAGCUAUUUUGGGAUGAGGAAUUGGCCGACUUAGCUGAGUAUAGUGUAAGACGUUGUCUUAUCAGUGAUCCACACUGUUAUACCACGCCCACAUUACCCAAUCCGGGACGUAGUGCAAAUAUUUAUAAGUUUGAGAAAAUAGAAGUGCCAUUCGAAGAGUUAGUGCCGUCACGCGUAGUUGAAUGGCUGGAAACAUCGAGAGAGUGUACAGCGGAAAUGGCAGCGGACUUUCCAGAGAAUCCGGAAGGGCAUGUCGACUUCUUCGGUCGCGCCAUAACGGAUAGUAAUAAUCAAGUCGGUUGCGCGGCAUCCGAAUGGGUCAAGAAAUCAGAUAAAUACUUUCUAUUAGUUUGUCUCUAUACGAAUGACGUGAAACCCGGUAAACGUUUGUAUAAAUUUGGUCGACCUGGCUCGAGGUGCUUAACUAGCUAUAGUGAGCAGUACAAAAAUUUAUGCAGCAUCCAUGAAAACUACAAUAUCACUGAUGCAAAGUACGAACGUAGAGCGCUUUCCGUCUUUAACCCGAUUAACAAAAAUGCAGGUAGAACAGACUACAAUGCACCCGAGGGCAGUAUGUGGCAGUUAGUGAUUUGAAGAGAGACUAACAAAUUAAAAAUAUAUAUUUUUUUGUAAAACGUAUUAUAAUAUAUAU